CUGGCGUGAAGUCAUAACCGACUUCCAAUCAUGCAUUGGCGCACAACCGACGCCCAUCUUGUUUUCACAGAACAGGAUCGCUUUCAUGUCCUGCGCUAUGGAGGCAGCCUGGAAUAAAAGCAUUCCCAGCUUUCUUGCCAAACUGUGGUCUUUAGUGGAGGACCCGGCCUUGGAUGAACUGGUCUGCUGGAGCCAGAGUGGUCAGAGCUUCUACAUUAUGGAUGAACAAAUCUUUUCCAAGGAAGUACUUCCAAAAUACUUCAAACAUAACAAUAUGUCCAGCUUCGUACGACAGCUCAACCUGUAUGGUUUCCGAAAGGUGAUUUCGUUUGAUAGUGUAUUUCACGUCAAGGAAAAGAAAAAUAUGCAGGAAUUUCAACAUCCAUUCUUCCAAAAAGGGAAAACCAACCUUGUGGGUAGUAUUAAGCGCAAGGUUCCAGGAAUGAGAAAUGAAGAUGUCAGAAACUCCCCUGAUGAGUUCCAGGGGAUAAUGACUGAAAUGCAGGAGAUUAAUGAGAAGCAAAACAAUAUGGAGGGCAAAUUAGCAGAACUGGAAAAGAAAUAUGCUACACUUUUUCUUGAUAUGGCAAAACUAACACAGAAGUACCACGAGCAACAGCAGCUAACAGCACAGAUUCUCCAGUUUCUCUUAAGUUUGACAAAUGGAAACUGUAUGAUAAAUACAAAUAGAAAAAGGUCAUUGCCAGUCACCUCUGGGGCUCCAGCAUCCAAAUGUGCUCGUCAAUGUUUUCAUCUUCCAGCAGAGAAGAAGGAAGAAGCUAUGGAGAUAUUUAAAAAUGGUUAUGAUUUUUUGGAAGACAAUAAAAUUCUCAUUGACAAUGGCUUACCUACUUUGAAAGAUGAAUCAAAAAAUUCACUUUUAAAUGUGAACCAAGCAAGUGGAAAUGACGGAAAAAACUUUGAAGUAUCAAUUCAAAAUAUACCUAUGCGUGAAAAUUUGCUGACCAUUGAUUGGGGUGCUGUGAAGAAAGAUUGCAAAGAAACAGUGACCAAAGAAUCCUUUGGACAGGAAACUAAAGAUGCUUAUUUGGAAUUAGUAUCUUCCUCUCGGGACAAUAAUCUGAUCUUGACUAAAGUCAAAUCAGACACUUCAUAUAAAAGUAUAAUGAAGAGGAAUGAAACACGCAUGCAGAGUAUUGAAGCCAAUGUGAUAAAGCUGAAGUCAUUGCUAUCUAGGAAAAAAAUGAAUGAUAAUUCUGAUCAUGCCAAUAAGGGGCUAAAUGUAAUGAACAUUGAAGAAAAAGAGAAAAGUCCACUUGAAGCCAAUGGAAAUAAAGACAAGCAGGGAGUACAAAAUGGGAACAACCCACUGCAUUCCCUGUUAGAGAAAGUGCCGAUAAGUAACUUGGGAGAAAAACUUCAAUAUUCUAAUGACCAUCUCUUGGAUAAUCUGAAGAACCCAUCGAAUGUAUCACCUAAUUUAGGUGACAAUGAGCCAGGCAGUGAAGGAAGUGCAAGUAGCAGCAACCUCGCCAAGUCGGGGCGUUCUGAUCCAGAUUCCUGCUAAUGUGAACCCUGGGAGGUGUCAGAUGAUGACCCAAGUACUUGGAUUCCUACAACUCAUGUUAAAGAACUAGAUGGGCUUCAGCCUGGCACAACCCCAGCUUUUGGCUAUUAAACCAGUAGAUACAGUCCAAAAAUAAAUGACUGAACUCAAAAAUAAAGAA